GCGUUAACGCGCUGCGGCAAAGCCAGACUCUUAUCACGCGAUAAAAAAAAUGACGUCGUUAAUCUAUUCUCACAUUGCGCGGAUGGAUACCUGGUUGGCGCGGAUGUAUACUCGGCGCGGAUCAUCGACAUAUAAAGCAUGGAUGUAUACGCGUGAAAGAGAACAUCUUUAAUGCCGGAGGAAUCUUCAAACGUGACGUGCCAACAUGGAUGCACCUAUGAAGCCGGUGGGUUUGCUCCAGGGAAAAUUUAUUUUUAAGAAGCUUCCCAAUGGAAACCUUGACAAGACUAAAGUUGUUUGCACCUUGUGCAAUGCGGAAUUUGUUUACUGUAGAAGUUCUUCCAGUCUCAAGUACCACCUAAACGCUAAGCAUCCCUUAGCUAAUUUGGAAGAUGCUGGACCACGUGUUGCGCAAGGGAAGAGUUUUCGUCAAACUACUAUGUUUGAGUGCAACCGAGGCAAGCCCAUCAGUGCAGCUCUAUCAAGUAAGCUCACUGAUCUCCUUGCUCAGUGGAUUGCCACUAGCUGCCGACCCAUCAGCGUGGUCGAAGAUGAUGGGCUCGAGCUUGUUCUCCAGGCGGCCACGGGUGACUCAUCCUACAAACUACCUGCGAGGCGAACAAUCGUGAGGAAAAUACAUGACCAGCAUGCAACAGAGAAAGCCGCGAAAUAUGAGAAGUUGGUGGAGGCAACUUGUGUAGCACUGACUGGGGACCACUGGACCUCUGUCAGUAAUGAUAACUACCUCGGUGUUACUGCACACCUCAUCGAUGCCAGCUGGGAACUUCACUCCUUUGCUUUAGGUGUGAUGAAAACAGAGGAGCGCCAAUUUGCAGACGCAUGUGCCAGGCAGUUUCUUGACGUUGCUAAUCAGUGGGGGAUAGCUGCCAAAACCAGCACUAUUGGAACAGACAGCGCUCGUAAUAUGGUGGCAGCAGGGAGGAUACUGCCAUUCGAGCAUUUGCCCUGCGUUGCACAUGUUAUUCAGAGAGCUAUAGUAGUGUCACUUCGGGAAAGUGGUUUUGAUGGCAUUCUGGUCAAGUGCCGUAAAGUGGUCGGACAUUUCAAACACAGUCCAGCAAACUUAGACGAGCUGAAUGCCCAGCAAGCCUCCCUUGGACAAGAACAGGAACAACUUGUGCAAGAUGUUCAAACACGGUGGAAUUCCACCCUUGAGAUGGUCAAACGCGUGAGGCGAAACAGAGACGCUCUGCACACAACGCUGUCUCAGCAGAAGCACAAUCUUGCCCUCCCAACAAAUGCUGAAUAUGAGAAGCUGGCAAAGCUGGAGAAAAUGCUGGAGCCAUGCAGGUAUGGUCUACAAAGAUAACAUGUUCAUGAAUUGGCAUACAAGUUCUUUGAAAUGUCACUUUUGUAUCUAAGAACCACCUGCCUUUAAAUGCAAUGUGAUUAAGAAUUUUAAAAAUGUGUAAUCGGAGUCAUAUGAAUUGGUCAUUAAUUAUUUCUUACGCUCUCUCUCUCUCU